CGCAGAAGCAUUGUUUCUGCGACACGCAAGAAAGAAAUACAAAAGACGACAAAUAUGUCCAAUUAGAAGUUAUAUAUAGUACUACCACAGUACUUGUUACUCACCAGCGAAAGCUGCAGCGCAUGUUGGUGUCUGCGCUCACAGUAUCGACUUGAACCGUAUUUACUAUUAUUUCAUUUGCUGUUCUCUAACGACGGUGCUCGCGGAGCCACUAUAUUUUUGCAGUGUUAUGAUGACUGAAUCUGAAACUAUAACUAAUCAAACGCGAACCCGAAACGCGAACGCCACGGCUUCUUCAUUGGCAACCACUAGGAAUAAAGAAGCAUUCUCAGUAGAAAGCACUUCCACCGAACUUGAAGAUGAUAGUGAACAAUUGGUGUUUUGCUUGCGAAGUGUCAUAUCAGAAUGAGGCGGUUUUCCCCUCUUCGGCACCCACCAGCAUUGUAUAUUUGGAAGUUCUUAUUUUUGCGACAAAACACAAAGACACCGACUUUCCUCACGAACAAGAAACACUCCGCUACGAGUACAAACUGUGUAUCAAAAAGCAAUGCCAACAACGAGCCUUGAGAAAAUAUCUAACGACAACGAGCUGCUACCUUAGAGAUAGUCCACCAAAAUUUAAUACGAAGAUUACAAAUUAUUAUUAUCACGAUAAAAACUUUUCCGUUCCUGUCCACCCUGCGCCUGUAACUACGUACUUGUUACUCAAAAAGAAGGCCGCGAGGACCUGCACCUGCUGGAAGCAACAACUUUUUCGCAGCGUAGGGAACGAAGUAGAAUAGGGAAGAGCAAAAAUAAGCGUAGCUUGCGAAACGCAAACUGCAUCCGCGAGCACAUGCUUUCAGCACAGCAGAAGAGUUAAUAUUUAUUAGCCACUGGUGGGUAAUCUCUCGGUUCCGGUUGUCCUUGUGCUGUUGGUAUGGACAGACCUUUUUUGCCUGUCAUCAGAGGUUUGCUCAGCGUCAGCCCCUCGGCGCUUUUUCUUGCAACCCUUUUUCAGCGACGGCACCAAACGGCUUUGUCCUGUAUCGAUUCGACAUCCCUUUUUCUUCUACUCUGCGGUACUUCUAUGCUGUGCAGCAGCCUGUUCCUGCUAAUUUUGUGUCCGCGACUCCAGGACCACCUGCACCGUCGAGCUGUCCUGUUUGUCGUGUGAACCGAUUGUGAACAGGAGGAACCGGGCGUGGUUUUGAGUCGUGUAUCACUCAGACUCACUGGACAAUGAGCUCAAAAUAGGUCUGCACUGCGACGCCAACGAACAGAGGAAAAGUAAAGAAUAAAAACGAAGAACAAAAAUUAAUGAGCUCAAUUUUAUUUAUUUUUCAUUUUCUAAUUCUAACCGGCUCCGGCAGUCGCAGUAGCAGUACAACUACAAUUGGAACCUCUUUGCGCCAGAGAUCAUGCUAAGGCUAAGGGCGGAGAACUGUCGCUGUCGAUUUUUUCUGCUGGUUAGGUAAGUAUAGUACAAAUUAGAUUACGUACAAUAGAAGCGCAGCUGCAAGGAAGUACUAUGUUGACCACGAUAUUGGCCGGGAAGAAGUCAAACAAAAGUUGUGAGGAAGGAAGGCGGCGCAAGAACAGCGACAUAAUUGUGCAGCGACUUGAAAUCUCAAUUACGAUUUCUACUUUCUCUCUGUUGCAGGACUAUUCACUCUACCUUGAGACACCAGAAUUUGAUGAAGCGAUUGGAUUGACACAAACGACAGGAGAGAGAGCAAAGGAAGUGAGGCACAGUCCGCAGCUUUUUAUGUUUCUCUUGUUCUGGGCACUGAAACAGUCGAAGUAUGCGUAUGCGUAAUUGUAUUUGUAUUUUUAAUUCUUUUGCAGAUCGCAACAUUAUUCUUGAGUCUAGAACAGGGCAACUAGAGUUGCAGGCCUAAGAACAAGUCGUCGCGCGAAGACGCUUGCCAAGCAACACGAACAGGAACGAACAAGGAUAAGCAGGAGAAUGAACUCUCGCAACUUUUAUUUUGCGAUUUCGCUUCGUUAUUGUUUCUUGCCAUUGAC